CUGACUUUUAACCAGUAGCUAAGCAAUUUAUGCACACAGUUUAGUUGAUUUUAACUAGCUAUUCAACAAGAAUAAUAAGAAGCCUUCUUAAAUUCAUUAUUGGUUUAAAAACAGCUCUUCAUUUUUGUUGUUUUGUUGAUACUUCUUUGGAGCGAAGAAAAAGCAAUAAGCACAUGCAGUGUUUAGUCUAAAGGCGGGUCUAAAUUGGUCUGAGGCAACGUCAAAUUUUGAUCGACUCUUAUAAUUCUAAUCCCAAACAAAUCCUUUUACUGAACCAGUAAUAUUCUAGUUGAAAUCAACUCCAAGCCAGAAAAAUAUUAUUUACCUAACCUGCCGAUCAGACCUAAAGAAACAAUUGGACCAAGACCUGAGAAGGAUUCAAACUCUCGACCCUGUAACUGCCACCUCACCUUCCUAACAACAACUACCAUCUUACCACACUUUAAGCUAUGAAUACAUCUUCAACAUAUGGCAGACACACUUACAUCUGCUCCAAGUGUCGCUCCUCGGUGAAGAAGAAGAUGCAAUGGGGUCCCUGGAAGAACUGCUGCAUCAUGGAGGCACAACAGGUGCAACAAAGGGAAUCUCCGAAGAGAUCAGCUGUGUUGAAUGAGCACAGCAGUGGAGCUAUGACUGCCAGAGCUGCUAUUGACACCUCCAUUCUGACCCCCAAGGAGAGCAACAAGAGCAAGAAAGACACUAAGCAGAAGCAGAACCUGUUGGGUCCAUUCAUGACUGCCCAGAAGACCACUUGUGGUGCACUGUGGAACUGGGACGAGGGACUCACCGAACACAGGAAACCUCACUUGGGCAUUGCUCCGGCUGAUGUCUAUGCGUGGAGUGAAAAUUACGUCAAGACUGCCAGAGCGCCAUAAGAGAAGUCGGAGUCACGACAUAGUCGCUAACGAGACAACUUCGCCAACAAUGAAAACUUGAAAAAUGAGAGAUUAGAAAGAUGAUGCUAAACUUACAAAUGAAACUACUAAAUUAUGGGCGAGUAAGACAGUUGAUUGAAUUUAAACAUGGUCAUCUUAUGAACAAAUUUUUCGGGAUGACUGAAUUUCUAAGCUAAACUAAAAGUGCAA